AUGAAGGAAGGCGAUCACACUUCAUUCCUUACUAAGGAUUGUCACCAGGUUUCUGCAACCAUGAAGUCCUUUUACUGCACCUUUAACGUGCUAUUCUUCAUGAUUGCUACGUUACAUGUUAAUCAAGUGUUAAGUACUAGACAGAAUGAACCCAAAGAAGUCCGUGAACCUCAAGCUCAAUCGGGCCCAAUUAGGGACGUGGACCUUUACCCUCCUCGAGUUCCUACGGCCCCGGGGGACAUAGACCUUUACCCUCCUCGAGUUCCUACGGUCUCAAGGGACGAAGACCUUUACCCUCCCCCCAAUAAGGAACACGAGAUCCAACCAGGCUGUUGCCGCUUCCACUGCCUUUGAAGCUCAUCAUUGGCUCACAUAACUUGGUCGAGCCAAAGCUGGAAUCAGGUCAUCAACCCCGUUCGUGGCCUUACCUGGCCGAACUGUAAAUAAUCAAAUCAUUGGCAUCUUGUAGCUUUGCCCUGCUUGAGCCCGCCAUUCCUUUAUUCAUCAUGAUCACAAGUCCUUCGUUUCUCUUCCUUCUUUGCAAACCUUUCAAAGACCCGCUCGCGUCUUCAGUCCUCCGCUGCUAUUGGUCAAGCCCAAACUGUGCAUAGUUACCACAUGGGAUGUGCUUAUAUGACUCAUUGGAAUCUUUAUGGUGACCCUUGGGAGCUUUCUAUUACCGUAGCCUUUAACAUAACUCGAUCGCUACGAAGUCAAGGACGGGUCAUCGAGCGUUUGAUUUCUAGAACCAAAAGUGGCUCCAGACUGAAUACUAUUAACUAAUUUCAAAAUUUACGCGUGACCCCAGUUCUUUACAGUCAACAGCACUUCAUUGCUACCUUGGCACAAGU